GUGAUUUUGUCAUCUAACUUCCGUUCUGGAGCGGAAGUGCUGUUGUUGUGGGUCGGAGAGAAAUUGAUUGAUUGGAGUGUUUUAGAAGCAUCGCUUACGUUAGCCAGCUAGCGAUGUCUAGCAUAUCAUGUUCUGUGAGAGGAUGCCACAACAACUGGAUAAAGAGGAGACAGCAGUUGAAGCAACAGUGCUUUGAACAUAAAGUGGAGAUGCAGGAAUGUUGUGGAGCAGCAUACAACCUGCACCCCCCUCCCAAAGAUGAGGAGCAUUUAAGGCUGUGGCUAAAGGCGCUGAACCUGAAGAGACCACCCAAGCGACCAUACGUUUGUUCGUUUCAUUUCGUGGACGGCAAGCCGACGGAUGAGCACCCUUAUCCUGAGAAAUGGCUCAGCUAUGAUGCUCCGGUGAAGAAGCCACGUCGGGUGUUGAAGAGGUUACCGCCGGAUUCAGGUACAUCAGGUGGUGCCAGCAACGCAGUAGAGAACUGUGAGGAUGAGGAUGACAUACCUACACACUGUGAUGGGGAAACACAGUGGGAAGAUUUGUCUGUCAAUGACCACAGCUAUUCUUCAAAAUUAUUACUGCAACCAAAGCCCAGUACAUCUGACAAAGGAACACAAUGCAUUGAGCAAGUUCCACUGUACAUAACUUUACUGAGGAAUGACAACCUUUCUCAGCUUUAUACAGGGUUAUCUUUGGAUGCAUUUAAGUCUGUUGCUGAGCACCUCACAAAAGUCUACAGCGGUAGCUUUCAUUUACAUCCGUGGGAUCAGCUUCUGAUGACCCUGAUGAAGCUGCGUCUGAAUUUAUUGCAGGGUGACCUUGCUGAACGGUUUAGCGUCUCCCAAACCAUUAUAAGCAAGAUUAUCAGUUGCUGGAUUGACCUCAUGGAGGAGAACAUGAGGUGUUACAUCCCAUGGCUUCCCAGGGAAACAAUUCAAGCAACAAUGCCUCAGUCCUUCAAAGAACAUUAUCCAAAAACAACAUGUGUGAUUGACUGUUCAGAGACUCCCCUUCAAAAGCCGCGUAAUCUUGACUCAAGAGGUGAGUCCUACAGCCACUACUAUGGUCAGAAUACCAUAAAAUACCUUGUUGCAGUGGCACCAUGUGGACUCAUCAUGUUCAUCUCACCAGCAUAUGGAGGAAGGUGCAGUGAUAAAUUCAUUACUGCAAAUUCUGGAUUCCUGGAAUACCUACGUCCAGGUGAUGAAGUCAUGGCUGACAGAGGUUUCACCAUUAAUGAUUUUCUCUAUGAAAGAAAAGUAAAACUUGUCAUUCCAGCAUUCACAAAGAAAGGAAUGCAACUCUCUGAGGAAGACACCACCAACACAAGACGCAUCGCCAAUGUACGAGUCCAUGUUGAGCGAGUCAUUUGCAGACUGAAAAAUUUCAAAAUCCUUUCUCAAACAGUUCCAAUUAAUCUCACCCCUAAAAUUGACAAAAUAUUGAGGAUUUGUGCAGCUCUUUGUAACCUUCGAAGCAAUAUCAUUUCUGAUGUAGAAGAAGAAUAAGACCGGGCAAAGUUUCUUCAAAGUUGUGUUUCACAUCUCUUCACACAGUUCACACAGUAAAUAUUUGUCUGUAAAUAUGUAACAUUAGAUAUGUGUUUGGUUAGGUCCAUGUAGUUUUAUCAUUCUAUACAAGGCUUUUUGACUUUGGCAACUGUAUUACAUGUUUGUAAAUAUUGACCAGAUGAACCAUAUUUUUUAAAAAAUAAUACAGCGAUAUGGAGGAUUAAACUGGUGAUUUUAAUAAUACAUCACAAGUUUGAAAAAACUUAAUCUUUAUUUAUAUUUUAUAUGUGAAUGGAAUGUUAGAAAAAAUACAUACAGAAAAAAGUUGAAAAAAACUACAGAUUAUUAACUUAUGAAGCAGCAUUAACAAUUUCAAACAAGGCUUUUCUUCAUAAUGGUUGUAACAUGGAACUAAAUUACAUAAGUUGUGAGUUCUCUCAAGCACUAAAAUGAAAAAUACAUUUGAAUAUCCAAAACCAA